GUUAAUAUAUAAAUUCCGAAGAAAUCAUUCUCUUUCUCUCUGAUCUCUCUCUGUUUUCAGCGUAAUUUCUUCAACGAUUUUCUAGUUCGCUCGCAUUUCUCUCGUUUUCCAACGAAAUAGGGUUCUGUUUGGCCACCGAGAAGAGAAAAGAAAAGAAAAAGAAAAGGAAGAAAACCCCCCACAUACGCGCAAACUCAGUCUCAGAAACAUAUAUGCACAGAGAGGAGGGAAAAUAGAGAAGAGAGAGAAAAGCUUCCGAGGUACGUUUUCACCUUCUAACCAAUCCUGAAAACCUAAUUUCCAGUGUCGAAUUGGAGCAUUUCCUAGUUCUCACUCACAAUGAUAUCGGACCGAUCUAAUUUUCGUUUGAAUUAUCUGGUUUUCCUUGGCCUCGUAGUCCGAUUUCUCAUUGUAUUUGGAAUUUUGGAUGUAAUUUCGUUUGGUGGUGUUCCUUGGACUUUGGACGGAAUUUCAAUCUGAUUAGGGCACAAAGUUUUUUUUUUUUUUUGGGUUAAUUUUUUUCCUUUUCUAACCGUUUUGUAAGUGGUUGGAGAUAUAUUAGGUUUACAUUUUUCUUUUUCCUGGUAUAGAUUGUAAAUGGUGGUUUAGAAGCUAGACUUUUUUUAGUUUUUUAUUUUUCCUUUUGGGCUUGGGGUGGAGGUUUAAGGGUUUGAAGGCUGGUUUUGGCGUGUGGAGCUGUGGAGAGUUUUAAUUGGAUUAAAGAGAAUGGCGGAUUUUGAACCGCUUCAACAGAAGCCAGAAUCUACUGAUGCCUGCUCUGACUUUGAGCGUGGAUUGGAGGAAUUGAUGAUGCGUGGGCAUUUGGAUGAUUGUAUGUCCUUCGCGUCUUGUAGCUCUGCUCGCAACCCUGAAGAUGAGGACGACGAGGGCGAUCAGCUCGUGCGGAGGAGACGGAGGUCUGAUUUGGAGGGCGAUGAUUUGGCAGAGUCCUCAGCGGCACGGCGUCGUCACUCGCGGAUUUUGAGCCGCUGGGCCGCGAGGCAGGCUCAGGAGAUGAUCACUACGAUUGAGAGGAGGAAUCGGGAGUCGGAGUUGAUGGCGCUUGCAGGGCUGCACACGGUCUCGAUGCUGGACUCAUCAUUCCUUAGUGAAUCGCAGUCCCCAACUUCGAGGCGGCAAGGGGCUGUGGAGAGGCCGAGCACUCAGGCGUCUGCGAUUUUACAAAUGUGGAGGGAGUUGGAGGAUGAACAUGUGUUGAAUCAGGCGCGGGAAAGGGUGAGGGAAAGGUUGAGGCAGCAGAGGAGUGUUGUGUCUACUACUAAUGAAUCCAGCACAAACAUGUCAGAUACACGGGAGAGUGAGAAUCAGGGAAGUAUAGGGGAUGUGAGUGAGAGUGAGAAUGAGUAUGGACCUUGGUCACAUGAUCAAAUGGGUUCGCAGAAUCAACAUGGGGAUAAUAAUGGGUCUAGCAGGGAGCAAUCUCCUGACCUUGGCGAAGUUGAGAGGGAGAGAGUGAGGCAGAUUGUGCGGGGAUGGAUGGAGAGUGGUAUUAGUGAGCAUUCUUCGAGUGUUGGCCAGAGAAGCAACAAUCACCGAGCAGAGUGGCUUGGUGAAACGGAGCGUGAAAGGGUGAGAAUUGUUAGGGAGUGGGUGCAAAUGACUAGUCAGCAAAGAGGAGCUCGUGGUGGCCGGAGGGAAAGUCAAGUCAAUGCAACUGGUGGUGCUCAAGCUGAGCAAGUCCGUGAUGGGUUGGCUUCUGAACAGGAUGAAGGCCAACCAGAGCACGUUCGUAGGGACAUGUUGAGGUUGCGUGGAAGACAAGCUCUGAUUGAUUUGCUUGUGCGAAUUGAGAGGGAAAGACAGAGGGAGCUGCAGCAUUUAGUCGAGCAUCGAGCUGUCUCUGAUUUUGCUCAUCGAAAUCGAAUUCAGUCAUUACUAAGAGGCAGAUUCUUGAGAAAUGAAAGGCCUGUUGAAGAAGAAAGACCGCCUUCUAUGGCAGCAAGUGAAUUAGUUCAGUUGAGACAGAGACACACGGUUUCUGGUUUAAGGGAUGGGUUCCGCACAAGAUUGGAAACCAUUGUUCGUGGACAAGUUGGAAGCCAAUCUGAUUCUACUGCUAGCAGUAAUAUUGAUGAUUCUACUAGAAAUGUUCGGACUCAAACAAAUGUUUCAUUGGAUGCCCAACGUGAAAAUCAUGAACAGGCACAGCCUUCAAGUCAGGAAGCUGAUAUCAACCGGUCACCUGAUCAAGCGGGAAACUCAGAGAGCAACACAGCUUCUGAACGUAUCAAUUUGCAGGAAACUGCAACUCAAGGAGGGAAUUGGCAAGAGCCAAUCACCGAAGAUGAUAGAGAAAACUGGCAGCAGAGAACCUAUGGUCAGUUCAAUGAGUGGAGAGAUGGAAACACUGAAGAUAUGGACGGAAAUUGGCGUGAUAAUCAAGUCAAUAAUUGGCCUGAGGAGACGACUAGGAAUGCUGAUGGAGAAGAGGGCCGUGCACAAGAGGUCCAGGGGGUUUGGCAGAGGGAGGGCACUCGGGAAGGUGUUGGGAAUUGGUCGGAAGGGCCUUCUGGUCCCCUCAGGAAUCGCCGUUCUGUACCAUUUAGAAGAUUCAAUAGAUUUCAUCCUCCUGAUGAUGACAAUGUGUAUAGUAUGGAGCUCAGGGAACUUUUGAGCAGGAGGAGUGUUUCUAAUCUUCUUCGUAGUGGUUUCCGAGAAAGUCUAGACCAAUUGAUACAGUCAUACGUGGCAAGGCAAAGUCGUGCUCCCAUUGAUUGGGAUUUGCAUAGAACUUUGCCAACAUCAACUCCUACUUCACCCGAGCGAGAUCAGGAGCAACAGAGAGAUGAGCAAAGUGAAGAUCAACAUGAUGCCAUCAAUAGACCUUCACUUGUGCUACCGUCUCCACCUGUUCCUCCACCACAGCCACUUUGGCAUCAGGACUUGCACCACACUGGCUGGGCUCGACAUAGCAUGCACCGUUCAGAAAUCGAGUGGGAGAUGAUCAAUGAUCUGAGAGCAGACAUGGCUAGACUUCAGCAAGGCAUGAGCCACAUGCAGAGGAUGUUGGAGGCCUGCAUGGAUAUGCAGCUGGAGCUGCAGCGUUCUGUCAGACAAGAAGUGUCUGCAGCUUUGAAUAGAUCGGCUGGUGAAAAAGGGUUGGGUCCGGAGACAUCAGAGGAUGGUUCUAAAUGGGGUCAUGUGAGGAAAGGAACUUGUUGUGUUUGUUGCGAUAGCCACAUAGAUUCUCUUUUGUAUAGAUGUGGGCACAUGUGCACUUGCUCAAAAUGUGCAAACGAGUUGGUAAGAGGCGGAGGGAAGUGCCCAUUGUGUCGAGCGCCAAUUGUUGAGGUGAUUCGAGCUUAUUCCAUACUGUAAAAAUAACAGGUAAAUGAAAAGAAAGAGGAAGGGGGAAAAAAGAAAGAAAAGAAAGGAAAAUAAAAACUGAAAUAGAAUGAGUGGUAACCUGGAGAGAGCCAGUGCUUGUUCCUUUGAAGGGAAGCUUCUGUGUGAUUCUCAUUUGUAGAGUGUCAAGUAGUUGCCAAUGUUUUUCUGAUUAUAUAAAGACACAUUGAUGCAUUGUAUAAUUGGAAUAACAAAUGGCAUUGUUUAUUCA